CACACCUCUCGUAUCACCUUCUUCUUCAACCGACCAUGGCCGCAUCCGCUGACAAGCCGGCCGAGCAGACGGUGUCGUUCAAGGUGACGCUGACCUCGGAUCCGUCGCUGCCGUACAAAGUGUUUCGGGUCAAGGAGUCGACUCCGUUUACCGCUGUCACUCGGUUCGCUGCGGAGCAGUUUGGCGUCCCGCCGGCCACAUCCGCCAUCAUUACCCACGACGGCGUCGGCGUCCUGCCCUCGCAGUCUGCUGCCUCUGUCUUCCUCAAGCACGGCGGCGAUCUGCGGCUCAUUCCGCGCGACCGUGUCGGCUCGCUCUGAGCGGGUGACCCUCAGUCGAGCUUGCGGUCCAUCGGCGGCAUCGCCUGGCCGUCGUCGUCGUCAUCGUCGUCAUCGUCAUCCAUGUCUCCCCAGUCCCAUCCACCGCCGCCGUCGUCGUCAUCGUCGUCGCCAUCGUCGUUGUCGGCUCCAAUGGCGUCAAAGAGCGAGAGCGAUCGCGAGACUGAUGCUGGCGCCAGUGCCGGUGCCGGUGCCGGUGCUGGUGCUGCUGCCGCGACCGACGCCGACGCUGGCAUUGCCACGGCCGAAGCCUUG